AUGAGCGCGGUAAUUUGGUGGUUAACGCUGACACUAAUAGCCGUUAGCUCUGCGGUUAUUGACGGCUGCUUGCCAUCGGACCGGGCAGCACUACUGGCUUUCCGGGCAGCCCUCCGUGAGCCCUAUCUCGGCAUCUUCAACACGUGGACGGGCAGCGACUGUUGCCAUUGGUACGGCGUAAGUUGUGAUCCGAAGACUUAUCGGGUCGAUGAAAUCAACCUCGCCGGAGAGUCCGACGACCUGAUCUUCAGGCAAGCCCACCGCUCCGGUUACAUGACCGGCAACAUCUCACACGCCAUCUGCAGGCUCAAAUACCUCUCGUCUAUCACCAUCACCGACUGGAAGGGGAUCACCGGCGACAUCCCCCGAUGUAUCUCCUCCCUUCCUUUUCUCCAAAUCUUGGACCUCACCGGAAACCGAAUCUCGAGCCCAAUUCCGGGAAAUAUCGGGCGGCUCCGUUGGCUCACCUUUCUCAGCCUCGCCGACAAUUUGAUAUACGGGAGAAUCCCACCGUCCAUCACGAAGCUCACAAACUUGAUGCACCUAGACCUCCGACAAAACCAACUCUCCGGUAGGAUUCCCCGACAAUUCGGGCAACUCAAGAUGCUAAGUCGGGCUUUGCUCAGUCACAACCGGCUCGCCGGGUGGAUACCCCAUUCGAUUUCCGAAAUUUACCGCCUCGCAGAUUUUGAUCUUUCUUCGAACCAACUCUCGGGUCCAAUCCCAGAUUGGCUCGGUAAAAUGGAAGUUCUCUCAACACUAAAUCUCGACGGUAAUAAAAUAUCGGGUACGAUUCCGGGCAGUUUGUUGAACUCUAGGAUUUUGAACUUAAAUUUGAGCCGAAACGCGCUCAACGGUAACAUACCGGAUUCUUUCGGGCCGAGAUCGUAUUUCAUCACGCUUGACUUGUCGUAUAAUAAUCUGGAGGGCACGAUACCGAAAUCGUUGGCUUCGGCUGGGUAUAUCGGAAGCAUGGAUGUGAGCCAUAACCACAUACGUGGGCAAAUACCACCAGGGUCGCCAUUCGACCAUCUUUGAAGCAUAUAUAGUCAUUUGCUUAUAUAUAUAUGAUGAUUGUCUUCGUGGGAAUCUGCUAAAAGAUUGUUAGAGUAAUGUGUAGGGCAAUAAGAUUUUGUUUGUCGGGAUU